AUGAUCUUGCCUUCAGUGUUCAUUAUUUUUCUCAACGACUUCGUAAUGGUAACACUUGCCGAACCAUCUUCACCCGAUAGUGGACAGCAACGAUUAACCGCGCAGUGCGGCGAAGUACCUGUAGUAAUACAUUUGUCGGAACAAAAGUUGGAGGAAAGUUUAUUAAGCGAUUUUAAUGUCACCAAUCAUGCCAGCAAUGGAACCUCAACAAAUGGUAAAACGAGCAAAUUUGGAAUUGGCGCUGUAAACGAAGUCCCUGAAAUAAUUUUCAGUGACCUACCACAACAUAAAAAAGUAAUGGAGUUGUUGCUAGAAGAUAUUCAACGAGGUAGUCAUCUGUUGCUAGUCGAGAACCGCGGAAUUGAAAAUAAAAAAAUCGCAGACGGACUGUUAAAACAUUUGAAUCGCCCUACGCAAUAUAUACAACUGAACCGCAACACAACGAUACAGUCUUUGACAGAACAGCCAAAUGACAAAAAUAGAACUGUCAUUAAUGAAGAUUCACCAUUGUUCAAAGCAGUAAAAUACGGCUAUGUGUUAGUUGUAGAUGACGUGGACAAAGCGCCAAAGACCGUGAGAAGCAGCUUAAAUAAUUUAAUGGAAAAUGGAAAAAUGAUUCUGAGUGAUGGUAGGAGAAUAAUUCCCAAGGGAUUCGGUAAUAGUUCUGAAGAAAAAUCAGCUGGUUUUAUCAAUGUGCACGAAGAUUUUAGAAUGAUAGUUACGGCUCGUGAAUCUGGAUUUCCAGUUUUGGAGAAAAACGAAGAGAUCGAGGCUAGAGAUGUUCGUCGCGCCAGUGCACUGCCAAUGCCAGAAAAUCAUUCACGCCGCCGCCGAUUUGUUGCUUCAUCAAGAAAUGGAGAAAUAGGCCUCACCGUCAAAGCAGUCGGUUCUAGUCCAAAGAUCACGACUGUUGUGAUGGGUGCCCAAGGCACAGGACCACACACUGCUACAGCUGUGGCUUCAGGCAGAGCAGUCGCCACGGCAACAGCAAUAACUUAUGGUAGAGGAAGUUCAACGGCUACGGCUACUGCUUCGGGCUCAUCAAAAGCUACCGCCGUAGCACACUCAUACGACGCAGGAGUCGCCACUGCUACAGUAACCACUUCUGAAUCAUCUGUUGGUGACGCGACAGCAGACGCAUACAACACAGGAGGCGCCACUGCCACAUUAACCUGUACUGGUUCAUCAAAUGCCGGUGCUGUAGCACGCGCACAAGACUCAGGAGUUGCCACCGCCACAGCAACUACUUCUGCCACGGCAUCGGUUAAUGUCCAGGCGUUCGCCAGGGGCAAUGAAGUCAUCACCGACACAAAAACCAGGCCCUAA